AUGGACGCUCAAGCUCUUCUUCAGACAACCUUUAUCUUGGUGACCCCGCCGAUGCACCCUCUCCCCAGAAACUUUUUACCAGUAUUUCUCAAAUCACCACCGCACACCACCACUGCACGCCGCCAGGUAUUAACCUCUGCCACCGCCCUAAAACGGGAGAAAGAUCCCAAAAAACGAGUCGUCAUUACAGGUAUGGGUCUUGUCUCUGUAUUUGGAAGCGACGUUAAUACAUACUAUGACAAACUCUUAGCCGGAGAGAGCGGAAUCACGGCAAUAGAUAAAUUCGAUGCUUCAAAGUUCCCCACCCGAUUCGGUGGUCAGAUUCGUGGGUUCAACCCAGAUGGCUAUGUUGAUGCCAAAAGUWACCGGAGACUUGAUGAUUGUCAACGGUAUUGCAUUGUUGCAGGGAAAAGAGCUCUUGAAGAUGCUGCUCUUGGUAGUGAUGAACGCUCCAAGAUYGAUAAGGACCGUGUUGGUGUAGUUAUUGGAACAGCAUUGGGAGCUCUUACCGUAWYUYSUGMUGGUGUGGAGUGCCUCAUGGAGAGAGGUCAUCGGAAACUCACACCAUUUAUGGCAMCUUMUAUGCUAYCAAACAUGGGCCCUGCGKUGCUCGCCAUGAAUCUUGGUUUUAUGGGAUCAAACUUUUCCAUUUCAGCUGCUUGUGCGACCUCCAAUWUUUGCUUCUGUGCAGCUGCAAAUCAUAUCCGUCAAGGGAAGGCUGAUUUGAUGAUCGCUGGGGGCGUCGAAGCUCCCCUUGUUCCCAUAGGGUUGACAAGUCUUUCUGCUCUUGAAGUGUUGUCUACAAGAAACGAUGAUCCCAAGAGUGCUUCCAGACCAUGGGACAAAGAUAGAGAUGGCUUCAUUAUGAGCGAAGGUGCUGGUGUUUUGGUUAUGGAGAGUUUAGAACAUGCAAAGAAAAGAGAAGCACCCAUUCUUGCCGAAUACUUGGGAGGUGCAGUAAAUUUUGAUGCUUAUCAUAUAAAGAAUCCACGAUUUGAUGGGCUUUGCCUUUCAUCAUGCAUUCAAAGCAGCCUUGUGAAUGCUGGUGUCUCGGUAGAGGAGGUAAAUUAUAUCAAUGGACAUGCAACUUCCGAAGUGGUUGGCGAUUUGGCAGAAAUAAAAGCUCUCAAGAAGGUAUUCAAGAACACYGUAGGGAUCAAGAUGAACGCUACCAAGUCUAUGAUCGGACACAGUUUGGGAGCAGCCGGAGGUCUGGAGGCCAUUGCCACAAUUAAAGCAAUUCAGACAGGAUGGUUGCAUCCCACCAUUAAUCAAUUCAACCAAGAACCAGGAAUAGAAUUCGACACGGUUGUAAAUCGAAAGCAGCAACAUGAAAUCAACGUUGCCAUUUCGAAUUCAUUUGGUAUUGGCGGACACAACUCAGUUGUAGUAUUCUCRGCUUUCAAACCUUGAUAUGAUAAUGGAGAAUAUAUGCAUAUUUGAGGAAUAGAGCAACUUCAUGUCAUUGUGGAGAUGCAAAACUUCAUACCAAAUAAUUUAUUUAUGUUUUCUAAAUUGUAUGUAUG